AGCGCCCUGACUUCCCUUCACUCUCGACGUUUAGCAGCAGUGAAUGCAGCUGGAUCCUCUUGAGUACGUAUUCGAAAAGUCUAUUUGUUUACCAUACUAACCGGUCGCACUUUGUUUAGCUAACAACAAUGUCUUCGCGAGUUCAGAAGGGGAGUACCAUCUUUCGUCCCAUUGCCAAGCCUCGCGCACGGCAGGGGACAGAAUCUCGCCAAACCUCAGUCACUCCUGCUCCCGAACCUCGCCAUGGCUCCACAGUGGGAAAUGCUCAACCUCCUGAAGCGGCGACUUCAUCCGUGUCUGUCGCUCAGCCUAUGGGGCCUCCUUCGAUCAUUCCAUCCCGACAUUCAACUCAGACCGGCUCGGCCAAGAACAAUAGAGAAUCUUCAAAUGCAGAAGCUACCAAUUUACAAGGAUCUCAACCGUCCCAAAGUAUCGCAGUACCUACUCGAGAGUCAUCUAGACCACCCGCCGUCCCACUUGCCUCACCCCAACGUUCUUUGAAUGUACCACGACCGCCUCCCAUAAUAUCAUCUGGCUCAGUUCCUGUCAUACAGCCCACCAAACAUUCUCAUGCACCCCCGACCAUCUCAGGUAAUGCCGAGUCUAGUAGAAAUGUCGCUGCUCCCAUACCCAUCACUGUUCCAACUGCAAGACCAAUUGCUGUCCCCUCUAGCAGCAGACAAACAUCUUCUGCAACCACUGUCCCGCAGUCCUAUGCAUCGACUACCACGUCUGCACUACAAAUUGAGACCGCUUCGACAAACAUUGAAAAUGCUCAAAUUGAUCCAGCUCUAUUGGAGGCAGUGGUUGCUGCACUUCGACAUGUAGACCAGGCUCAGACUCAGCACGCCGUAGAACCUGCUCCUAUUACUGGUCCGUCAACAAGUGGACUUAACGGAGAACCUUCUCAGGCCGCACCUGCCACUCACAAAUCUCAAGUAAGAAAGCCCCGAAUGCCCUCAGCCGAAAAUGGCAAUAGUACUGGAGAGCCUGCCAGACCUCGCCGUACGCGUACAAAACGUGUUGUCAAUGACGAGAAUGUUACACAGGAAGAAGCGGACAGCAGUGAAGCUGCCACCCCGGGGGAGAAAAGGCUUACCAAACGGAGACGGACAAGCAGAGGCACCUCAGAGUUUCAAACAGAAGAAGCGGGUUCUGGUUCUGAGGGAGAGGCCGACUCAGCUACGCCAAGACGACGUCGCCGCACACGCAGAUCUAAAGCACCUUCACCACCGCCUUUUGAUUCAACGGCAGAUCCUGGAGAAGAGCUUGACCCUACAGCGGUGACCAUGGGUGCUCUAUGCGAUGACCUAGGCACGGGGCGCAUCAGUAGUAAGGCAGCUCAAAUCGUGAGUAAUCAUGCUACUUGGCGUUCCGCAAAUAGGGCAAAGAGAGCUCGCAUGAAAGCUAUAAUGGAAGCGAAGAAGUAUGGAAGAGAUCUGGAGGAGGAAGAGGAGGCGCGGUUAAAGGAAGGCUCUACACCACCUGACAAAACGUUGGAGGCUACUCCUGUUUUAGAUGUCAACGCUGAAGCUGGACCGUCGAACAUUAUUGAGGAUCUUGGGAUCCAUAAGGGUGACGGUUUUGACUAUUCGCAAACCAUGACAACGACUCGUUUCAGCGCCCAAGUUCGAAUUGGACCGAAUGGCGAGAUGAUCGUUGACGAGGAAUCGCUCUUUGUUGAUCGCAUUGAGGAGGCGGAGGACAUGUCUGGAUAUACUCACGUUGAAGAGUCUGACACCACGAAAUUCGUCAACUCUGCUACAUACAGCAAGAAAGUACGUGGCUCGCGAUGGAGUGCUGAAGAGACCGAACUCUUCUUCGACGCUCUUUCGCAGUUCGGCGAGAACUACGAAUUGAUCUCGUAUGUUCUGCCUGGCCGUGAUCGCAAAGCCUGCAAGAAUAAGUUCAAAGCGGAGGAUCGAAAAAAUCCUGCAAGAAUAACUUAUUGUCUCACUAAUCGUAGACCAUAUGAUAUUGCAACGCUAUCCCGCAUGACGGGCAAAGACUUCUCUGGCCCUACCCCGGAAAUUCGCGCACCUACGCCCGUUCGUUUGGAAAUACUCAAUGAAGAGCAGGGUGUUCCCGCCGAACAGGUGAAGAAAAAGAGCGUCACACCCGCAGUAGAUACAGGAGAAGAAAUAAUUGGAGCUUUGUCCGAUGACGAAGAGUUCCCCGACCAUAUCAGCUAGCUUAUAUCCUUCCACUUUCAAGCCUUUUUUUUUGCGACUUUGUAUGCAUCAUCUUGAUAUCGAACGCUUGUAAUCGAAUUGUAGUUAUUAGAAUGUAUCUCGAUUUCUCAUGCUCUAUGCUAUUGCUCUUGGCCGGCCAUGAGCAGGCAAUGAGGGUAUGAGUUACUGUGUUAUCGUCUCGAUCGAAAAAUACAGAAGUCAACUAUAGAGUAUCAAAACAAGUCUACUACGUUUGUAUCUGAGGGUAUCUGUCAAAUGUACUUUGUGCUAUCUCCGCACAAAAAAAGCGAACAUCGACUCCUGUAUUCGGUAACUUAAGCUGAGUUAACCUUUGAGGUCUCGGGAGUAUCGUAUCCAUCAGGGUUUUUGGUCUGCCAGUUCCAAAGAUCACGACACAUCGUCUCAAGGUCGUGUGUCGCCUUGAAUCCAAGUUCUUUCUCCGCCAAUGUAGGAUCAGCCGUCAAGUCGGGUACAUCACCCCGU